CAACUUCCUGCUACUUGGCGCGAGAUGCAAGUAACACGGAAGUAAGUUGGGGUUGUUUUGUGAUGUCGGUUCGCAAACUAAAGUAAUAAAGGAGAGAACACACGCAUAACUCCUCCUGACGAUGGACGAUCAUGUUUCCGUGCAGACAGAAGACUGGAAGAAAACUAAAGAGGCGGCUGCCAACUUCCGCCGCCUGCUGCUUUGCUCCAAAUGCUCGAACUUAAUGAAGGAACCCGUGUGUCUCGGAAUGUGUGAGCAUAUGGUGUGCAGGUCCUGUGCCGGCCCCCGGGCAGGAGAUGGCUGCGUGGUGUGUCAUAGCCCUGCAUGGGUGAAGGACAUCCAGAUCAACAGGCAGCUGAGCAGCAUUAUACAGCUCUUCUGCGGUUUGGACUCCCUGCUCAAUCCCGCAGACCAACCAGACUCCUCAGUUGCUGAGAUUCAGACACAACCUGGGAGCCCCGUCUUAAAGCACAAGAAGAACUUCAAGAUCUGGUUCAGCCCCCGCAGCCGCAAGGUGCGCUGCACAGUGGAGAGGCCUUCGGAGGUCAGCGCACCGGACAGCAGGUCGUCUGGAGAAACAGCUGCAGCACAGCCAGACAGAAUUACUGCUCAACACCAGGAUCUGUCAGUUUUCAAUUUCACCUCGUCCUCGCAAGACUCCGGCUCUUCUUCUCAAACAUGCGACAAUGGAAACGGACAACGGAAGAAGAGGUCAACUAAGAAAAAUGCUGCCAACAGGAAGGCGUUGGUGCAGAGAGCCACUCGAAAGCAGAGUAAGCAGACGGUGAAGAAGAAGAGGCUGGAGACCAUAAAUAAGCAAUGGGGGAUCACAGAGGCGGUAGAUACCUCAAAGGAACAGGAGCAGCCACGUGCCGUAGGAGCAAGGAGGUCCAGUAAAAGGGUUUCCUUCCUCAGCCCUGCUGUCAUGUUGGAGCAGCCUCAGUCUGAAGUGCCACAGGGGAGCACGACUGACCUCAGCCUUGGCAGGAGCACCACGAUGGAAAGCCUCUCAGGGGGCAGCGGCACUGAAAUGAAUCGCCAAGUCUCAGCCGAUCAGAGCAUGUCGGACAGUGUCAUCAAGCAAAACGCAAAUGACCACAAUCCAAAUGGCGAUCCUGAAAAACAGGAUAACGUUUCUCCUCCGAAGAAUUCCUCAAAAAGAACCAGAGUGGCGGAUAAAGUUGACACAGAGGAGACCACGCCAAAAAGGCCCAGGGCUUCCCCCGGCCGAAGGAGAAAGACACAGGAUCAGAUAUCGCCCGUCGUCCUUAACCCUUCAGUUUUGACAAGCCCCAGGUGGGAAAAGAGCAAAGACGGCUGCAGAGAGGAGCAUGAGCGCAGCCCCCGUGUCUUAGCCGCUGUUGGUAGAAAAUCUCCCGGUGCUUAUGCUUCACCUCAUGGACGGGUCAGCCCAGGAAGCCCUGCAAUUAUGAAGAGGAACCACAAGGGAGAGACCCUGCUGCAUCUAUCUGCUAUUAAGGGAGAUGUAGAAGCUGUCAAGGAACUGCUGGACCAGGGGUCUGACCCUAACCUGAAGGAUAAUGCUGGGUGGACACCUCUGCACGAAGCGUGUAACCUGGGUCACAUGGCAGUUGUGGAGGCGUUGAUCUCAAAGGGAGCCCUGUUGAACACACCUGGCUAUGAAAACGAUUCUCCGCUGCACGACGCCGUGAGGAACGGACAUCCAGCCAUCGUCAAACUGCUGCUGCAGCUUGGAGCCUCACAGAGCGUACUUAAUCUGCAUGGAAAACGUCCUGCAGAUUAUGCCGUGAGCGCGGAGAUGCUGCAGAUUUUCCAGGAAGCUGCAGAAGGAACCCAGUGUGCGAUUACAUCUUUCAGCCCCUCAGCCAGCCUCACUGCGGUGAGUGAGUGUUCGAGGAGGGAUGAACUGCUGGUGUUUCUGCCCAGCAAGCUUCCUCAGCCAGCCCAGCUUCAACUGGCCAAACUGGGAGAGCUACUGGGAGGGAAGAUGAGUGACACCUUCUCUGGCUCAGUGAGCCAUGUCGUGGUGCCAGAGGGACACAUGCCCACCACCUACUCCACACUUCUGGGUCUUCUUGCUGGCUGCUGGGUUGUCAGAUACAGCUGGGUGGAGGCAUCUCUGCAGGCAGGCAAGUGGAUGCCCGAAACUGAGCACGAAGCGGGAGAAGGCCCCCAGCGCAGUCGGCUAAACAGAUGUAGCUUGCUCCCACCGCUCUUCGAUGGCUGCUUCUUCUUCCUCCUGGGCUCCUUUAAGGCGCCAACCAAAGACAAGCUCACCAAGCUGCUGCGGGAGGGAGGAGGUCAGCUGCUGAGCCGACAGCCCAAGCCCGACAGUGACGUGACCCAAACCCUGAGCGCAGCGGCCUACCACGCCCUAACAGGCUCCGACCAGGCCCUCUGCACCCAGUACAUCAUCUUCGACCCCCAGGGCCCUCACAAGCCGGCAGUGGUCAGACGAGGCAAGGUAUGGUCGGCUCCCUCCAGCUGGAUUAUCGACUGCAUCGCAGCCUUCCAGCUCCUCCCUGUGCCGGAGCCUCUAAUAUUAGUCUAAACACUUUUGUAUAUGUUAAAUGAUUAUUUUUUUACUGUCACUGUCAUUCAAUAAGGGUCAUAAUGCGGGUUUUGCUUUUUAAAUAUCUGGUGAUUACGUUGAUAUAAAUCAAAACACAAAAAUAAAACAAUAAUGUAACU